AACGGCGGCAGUCGACGAUGAUCAUUGAUUGGGUUAAAGACGGACAAGCACAAGUAAUUGUUUAAUAAAAUAAAAUAAAUAUUUAAACAAAGUACUUUGCAUUUGCAAUCUACAAGAUACUUGAACUCGUAAAAUAUAUAUUAAAUAAAUAUUUAUAUAUAAAUAAUAACAAAGUAAUUUUUUGUUAAUUUAGUACAUUUUUAAAUUAAAAAUUAUUGUGUUAGUGUUAUUGUUUAAAAAAAACAUUUAAGGAAGCCCAAAUGGUCAUUAAUCAGUUAAUUGUUUAUUUAUUGUUAACAAUUGUUACUUCAAAUAAAACUGAUAACAAAGUAUUAAAACGCAUUUUUAAAGCUUUUUGGUGAUAAAAAAAUAAUUUAUAGAUAAUUAUUAUUAAAUAAUGCAUUGAAGUGAUUUAAUUUUGUGUUUGUAAAAAAGUGCCGAAAUCAUGAUUAAUUCUUUAAUAGUUAAUAAUGAAAUAAACAAAGAAGAUUUAAAUAGAAAUCUUUUAUUUCGUAUUGAAAAUUCUUGUGAAAUUACAAGCGCCUGUGAUAAAUGUAACAUGAAUACGGAAACAAAUUCAAAUUUAUUAAGUGAUCAUGAACAAAUUGAGCGUAAAGAUUUUAUAGAUGAUUUGGAAUAUAAUAAACGCAUAUGGAAGGUGCCCUGGUUUAUAUUGAUAAUGUGUUUUCUACAGAUCUCUUUGUAUUGUAUAGCGAAUGCCUGCAUGCGUCAACAAUUAAUGUUUAUGCCGGAAACCAUUAAUGAUUACUGGAGAUAUUUUACUUAUAUGCUGUUGCAUUCAGAUGUCUUGCAUUUAUCAAUGAAUGUGUGUCUUCAGUUCGUUAUUGGUUUCUGUUUGGAAAGUGAACAAGGUCAUUUGAGAGUAGCAUGUAUUUAUAUAAUUGGCGGAAUUGCUGGUUCAUUGGCCACUCUUUAUUUGCAGCCACAACUGUCACUAAUGGGUGCUUCAGCCGGUGUCUAUGCCAUGUUGAUGAGCCACAUACCACAUUUGUUAAAGAAUUUUCAUAAUUUGCCCCAACGUUAUUUGCGCAUUCUGUCGAUGGUGAUUUUAUUUAUAAGUGACAUGUGUUUUACCACAUUUCAUGUUCUCAUCAAUCACAAUACGAAUCCACGUAUAUGUUUGGAAGCUCAUGCAGCCGGUGCCAUUAGUGGUCUAGUGUUUGGAUUUUUAAUAUAUAAAACAAAUUCCAAAAAGUCUACGUUUGUUGGUGGUAGAUUGAAAACAUUGCCCAGAGGUAGAGAUGAUCAACAUGUAUGACGUAUGCUAGAGAACAAUGAAAUUUGUUGUUGGCUUUGUUUUCCAGAGACUAUAGAUGCGAUGCGAUGAUUGUUGUAGUUAAUUUUAGUUUUAAAUAAUUUUAAGGCAAAAAAUUUACAUUUUAUUUAUAUAGAAAAAAAAUAUUUGCAUGUUUAGCUUUUGAUAAGUAUAGAGUGUAUAUUUAUAUAUAAUUUAUUUAUUACUUAUUAGUAGUUCAUAUAUAGGAAAUUUAAUUAUUUUAUUCUUCAUAAUUUUUGACACUUUCAUAUGAAAUUAUUAUUUUCAUGUUCAAUUAAAGUGUAAGUCACGUAAUUGUUUAACCAGUUGUUUGUACAUAUGUUUCACUUUCAUUUAGCAUAAGUUUUAUUAGUAUUUUAUGAAAAAAAAAACAUCUACUUGAUUAUUAUGGUAAUAUAAUAACAAUGUAUAACCUUUUAUGGUUUAAUAACAUUUAGGGUAAUCAUAGAUUGUUGCUAGCAAAGUGUUAGUUAUAAAUUAAAGCAAAACAUGCUUAAUUAAGCAGUUGCUAAUAUAUUUUUGUAUAUUCCUUAUAUAAAACUGUUAACUCCUCCUUUAGUUAUUAGCUUUUUAUACCCUACACCACUUUAGUGGGGAGGGUAUAUUGGGUUUGUGCUGAUGUUUGUAACGCACAAUAAUAUUGGUUCUAUACCCACCUUAAAGUAUACCAAU